GAGGGGUUGGAUAUGGCAGUGAAUGGUAAUAAGCCUCAUGUGGUUUGCAUACCAUUCCCACUUCAAAGCCAUGUGAAAGCCAUGUUGAAACUAGCUAAGCUCCUCCACCAUGGAGGCUUUCACAUAACCUUUGUCAACACAGAGUACAGCCACAAACGCUUACUCAAAGCCAGAGGACCGAAUUCCCUCGAUGGCUUGCCAGAUUUCCGGUUCGAAACGAUUCCGGACGGGUUGCCUCCUUCGGAUGCUGAUGCCCCACAACACAUACCUUCUCUUGCUGAGUCCCUUCCAAGGAACGCACUUGCGCCGUUUCUGAGCCUUCUUUCCAAGCUCAAUGACGAUAGUGCUUCUACGCCGGGUGUGCCUCCGGUUACAUGUAUCGUCUCUGAUGGGUUUAUGAGUUUCUCCGUCACAGCUGGUGCAGAGUUAGGUAUCCCCGUCGUAGUGUUCUUCACCAUGUCUGCCUGUGGUUUCAUGGGCUUUUAUCAGUUUCGUAAUCUAUUGGAAAAAGGGCUUACUCCAUUGAAAGAUGCAAGCUAUGUAACAAACGGGUACCUGGAUACUGUCAUAGAUUGGAUUCCAGGAAUGAAAGAUAUUCGUUUGAAAGAUCUUCCUAACUAUAUUCGAACCACAGAGCCAAACGACGCAUCGUUUGACUUCUGCAUGAAAGAAGUCGAGAGGUCCUCAACAGCUUCAGCAAUCAUUCUCCAUACUUUCGAUGCGUUGGAGCAUGAUCUAUUGGACGCUUUAACGUCCAUAUUCCCAUCUGUGUAUUCCAUAGGCCCACUCCAGUUUCUUUUGAAUGAACUAUUAAAGAAAGACAAUUCAGAGUCCAUCGGAUAUAAUAUGUGGAAAGAAGAAUCUGAGUGUCUCAAAUGGCUGGAUUCCAAGGAACCCGGAUCCGUAAUCUAUGUGAAUUUUGGUAGCAUAGCGCCAUUGACUCCAGUACAGGUGGAAGAGCUUGGGUGGGGACUUGUGAAUAGCCACCACAACUUUUUGUGGAUAAUUAGGCCUGAUUUGGUAAUGGGUGACGAAUCGGACUCUGCAUUUUUGCCGCCUGAAUUGGCUGCAGAAAUCGAAGAAAGAGGUCUAAUAGUAGCAUGGUGCCCCCAAGAGGAUGUCCUCAACCAUUGGUCAAUUGGAGGGUUUGUGACGCACUGCGGGUGGAAUUCAACUAUUGAGAGCUUGUCGGCGGGAGUGCCGAUGAUCUGUCUGCCAUUUUUUGCUGAUCAACAGACGAAUUGCAGAUACAUUUGCACUGAAUGGGAGGUGGGGAUGGAGAUUGGCAGUGAUGUGAAGAGAGAUGAAGUGGAGAAGCUUGUUAGAGAGCUAAUGGGAGGAGAGAAGGGGAAGAAAAUGAAGAGCAAGGCUGUGGAGUGGAAGGUAUUGGCAGAGAAGGCUACUGGUUCAGAUGGGUCAUCCACUUUGAAUUUAAACAUGUUGGUCAAGAAAGUGUUAGACUCAAUGGAAGGCUAGCUAGAAUCUCUACAUUAAUUUUCCAAAGCACCCCCUGGUUUUGGUGUUAAAUCGUGCUAAAUUUGAUGUAUUGUACGGAAUAAUAAUUUCUUGAAAAAAAAUUAAAGCAGACAAUUAUCUUCAUUGAA